CCAAUAUAACAUGGCCAAGGCCUGUAUCCAGGUACUCCGCGUUGAUUCGUGCGUAAGAAAGUCUAGCCGUGGUAUAUUGGCCAAAUACCACACCCCUCUCGUGCCUUAUUACUUAAGUAUACUAUACUAAAGCAAUUGAUAUACUAUUUGUCUGUAGAAAAAACUCUUACUAAGAAAUGUAGUAUUAAUUGGGAGAAUAUAAAAAUGGGGCAGCAGGUAGCCUAGUGGUUAAGAGCAUUGGGGCAGUAACCAAAAGGCCACUGGUUCGAAUGAGCACACAACUGAACAUGAGAUGAGCAUUAAAAAAAAGCUUUUUUUAUUUUGCAAUCCUGGAAUUUGCCAUAGAAAAGGGUCAUUUGCCUGGCACUCUGUGCAACUUUCUGACAUUUGAGGAACAUUUUACCAUAGCAGGACAGCAGAGCUAUGACGGGACCCCUCUCCCAGCACCAGUGUUCUAUACACACAGACACAUCAAUGAAGUAUAGAAAUACAGUAGAUAGAUACUGUUAAUAUAGAAAUAUAAGAUAAAUAUAGUGAUACAUAUUGUAGAUAUGAUAGAUGUGUACUGUAGCUAGACCCACAGUAGAUAGAUAUGGUGCAUAGAUAUAGUGAAACCUAGAUACUGAAGCCAUGUUCGCUCUAUAUGCACAGCUCUCCUCUGCUCCUGUGUUCGAGCCAAUCAGCUCCUGCUGCAGCUCUAACCUGUGAGGACUCCUUAAGCCAUGGAUCCACCACGACUAGACAGCAGCUUUGGGAAGAUGGGCCUUCGUCGCAGACAGUAGAAAAGACAGUCACCAUGGAGUUUACAUCUGCUACCAACACCAGAACCCCACACCACCACACCGUCCACUACCCUCAGGCUGACCGGCAUGGCGGCUGGUGCAAGUACUGUAUAUACCCAACAGCAUCUCCAUCGUCAACGGCAACAGCACCUUCCAGUUAGACAUGAGGGGCUUUUGGAACAUCACUGGGGUCUCCCUGGAGACCUCCUGCCAGAUUGCUGGUGAUGAGCCAAUCAGCUCCUGCUGCAGCUCUAACCUGUGAGGACCUCCUUAAGCCCAUGGAUCCACCACGACUAGACCAGCAGCUCUUGAGGAAAUGGGCCCUCGUCGCAGGCAGCCUGAGCCACCCUGCAUCCCUGGAGAAUCUCAAGACCAGAGACGGCAUCACCAUGGAGUUUUCACCCUCUACCCCCAACACCACCCAGAACUCCAACACCACCACAACCGUCCACUACACCCAGACUAACCGUUUCGGCAGCCGAUGCGAGUAUCGAACCUACAAUAUCUCACUCAUCAACGACAACAGCACCUUCCAGUUCGACGUGGGGGGCCGAUUCAACCUCACUGGGGUCUUCCUGGAGACCUCCUGCCCAGACUGUCUGGUGAUGAAGUGGGAGGUGAGCUCCAGGAGGAGGGAGUCCACGGACCUGUACCUGCUGAGGAACGUGGAGGGUGGGAGAGAGGUGGAGGAAGAGGAGAUGGAGGAGUUCAGGAAACAGGUGGAGUGUAUGGGGCUGCCUCCGCCAGUGGUGAUGGAGCCGGGGAAUGCCCUCUGUGGUUUCCAUCAGCUCAUCUGGAAAAAGUGAGGAGAAGGAGAAGAAGAAGACGAAGCUCGAUCAGUGUGAUCAGAGAGUGGGGGCCGUGAGGGAGACGUAGACACCGUUUCUGUCAUCGGUUUUGUAAUACAACAUUUCUGUGUUUACUGUUUGUCGAUGACCUGUAGAAUUUUGAAAAAAAGAUGCACGAUUUGUCAUAUUAUUCUGUCUUCUUGGCUUCUUUGACAGAUUUAAUUACGUUCACAGAGUGAUUUAAUGUCCAAGAGCUUAAGCUAAUUCGCAGAGACAGUGGGAUCCAGCAGGAAUGUCGGGACAUCAUUAGGACCGCUCCAAACUCUAUGCACAAUGGGAAAGAAAAGUAUUUUUUUAAUUGGAUUACUUUUGUAUAAUUUGGCAUAACCUCAUUUGUCCAUGCAUUAAAGUGCUCAUACUGUUAAAUCUCAGAUUAAACUGGAUGGAACAGUGAA